AUGGCUUCACCCAGCCCCGACGGCCCGUCGUCGAGCAACUUCCCUCAGGAUCCUUCCGAAUUCGACAGCGACCCGCGCAUUUCCUUCUCGAAACUGGACGACAAAUUCAUUUUGGAAACAGAUGAUGGCCAGGAGUUUGAAUACGAUACGGCCCUGAAGCGAUGGAUCCCGACGCUAUUGCUGCAAGGAUUUUGGAUGGUUCGUGAAACUGAUCUUGUGGUGGGCGCGGCUUUUGCGCGCCCGUGGGUGUUUCUCCAGGUAGAUGAAGAAUUGCUCCGAAAACAGCAAGAAGCCUACAAAGUCCAGGGCGUAGAUGACAGUGACGAAGUCACGGCAUCGCAAUUAAAGAAGAAGCGCAAACAGCAAGCGACUAAAGAUGAGGGAAACGGUCAAAAGUCGAAGAAACCUCGAGUGAACACGGCGGUUUACGUCACGUCCAUUCCUCUUGAUGCCGACUUUGAGGAGAUUCAAUAUGUUUUUUCCAAAUGCGGUGUCAUCGCCGAGGAAAUCGACAGCGGUCGCCCACGGAUCAAAAUGUACACAGAUGAUGAUGGAAAGUUCAAGGGUGAAGCUUUGGUCGUGUUUUUUCGCCCUGAGUCUGUCAAUCUCGCAAUACAAAUGUUAGAUGACUCCGAUUUCAGGCUAGGAGUAACAGGACCACAGGGGCCAAUGCGGGUUCAAAUUGCGGAUUUCUCUUACAAGAGCCAACAAGAAGCGCCAACCAAGACCAGCGCGAAAGAUAAGAGAAAGAUCAUUCAAAGGACCCAGCGAUUGAAUAACAAACUUGCCGAUUGGGAUGAUGACGACCCGUCUGCCUUGCCAGAAACCAACUCUAAGUUUGAAAAAGUGGUCAUCCUGAAGCAUAUGUUUACCCUACAAGAACUUGACGAGGAUCCGGCAGCGAUUCUCGACAUCAAGGAUGACAUUCGUGAAGAGUGCUCUAAACUAGGAGAGGUGACGAAUGUCGUUCUUUACGAUAAGGAACCCGAUGGAGUGGUUAGUGUUCGUUUUCAGGACCCAGAAGCUGCUAGGAACUGUGUGAAGCUCAUGGAUGGCCGUUACUUCGGUGGUACACGCGUUGAGGCUUACAUCUCGGAUGGUGGCGAGAGAUUCAAGAAGACCAACGAGAAACGAGCGGCUCUGGAGGACUUGGCCGAGAGAGGAUUUGAUGCCGACGAGGAUGAGGAAGAGAGACAGCGAUUGGAUGAAUUUGGCACCUGGUUAGAGAGCUCUCAUACUGUGGAGAACACUGCCAAGUGA